AUGUCGUCGUUCUUUCCCGCCAACGCCUCUUCCCACACUCUUUACGGGAACGGCCCGCAGCGGGUCAUGUUGAACUCGCUCUCAGAACUUCCCGAGGGCCUUGGGAAGGGCAACCGCAGCCACGAUCUCACCAUUCGCAUUCUCGUGGUGGCGUUCAACUCAAUCGCUCUUUACAAUGCCCUUGAGCUUAUCAUUCUCAUUUUUCUGACUUUCAACCGCUAUAGCGGUCUCUACUUCUGGUCGCUUCUGCUCUCGGGAGUCCCGGGCGUCAUUCCCCACGCCGUGGGCCAUCUGCUGGAGUUCUUCGACGUUGGGCCCAUCGGGCUGGCCAUCUCCAUCGCCACGGUGGGCUUCUACUUCAUGGUCCCCGGCCAGUCGUUCGUCUUGUACUCCCGGCUUCACCUGGUGGUGCAGAACCAAAAACUCCUGCGCCGCAUCCUCUACCUCAUCAUCAUCGACGCCGUCAUCCUCCUGAUCCCAACGACCGUCCUCAAUUACCUGACCGUAUACGUCGGCACCGUGCCUAUCAUCCGCGGUUAUAAUGUCAUGGAACGGAUGCAGAUCGCCUGGUUCGCCGCGCAGGAGAUUCUGAUCUCGGUGAUCUACAUCGUGGAGACGAUCCGGCUCCUGCAGUUGAGACCGGACAAGGCGGCCAGCCGCAACAAGAUCAUGUAUGAACUGAUCGCCAUCAACUUCAUCAUGGUGCUCAUGGACGUGGCGCUCCUGGUGCUGGAAUACUUGGGCAUGUACACGCUGCAGGUCACCCUCAAGGCCGCGGUCUAUAGCAUCAAGCUCAAGCUGGAGUUCGGCGUGCUGCGCAAGCUCGUCUCGCUGGUGCACACCCAGCCCGAGGUGUCCAGCUCCACCGAGCUGGACGAGUACCCGGCCUUCGUCGACCCGACCCAGAUCACCGGCGACCUGACGCACGCGGCGCUGGUCACGCGCCGGACCUCGCGGCCCUGGGACGCCAUCUCCAUGGAUAGCUUUCUUCGGUCGGAGCAGAAUAGCCAGCACGUGGAACAUGCGCAACCCCCUUGA